GGUCAACAAACUUUUUGACCGUGCUGUGCAAUGUGGAGAGUUGGAUUGUGCUCAUGCCUGUAUGUUUGAGUCAGAAAUUUUGGUUUAGUGUUUUAUUUUCGUUUAUUUUGUUGUUUGCAAUGCCAAAUGGACAAUAAAAGGAUUUGGCUUAUCUGAAAUUGAUUUUGAAAGUAUGGACAGUUAUUUAUUUGAUUCAAGACAUAAGCACGCGUCAGAAACAGACAAAUGAAGCCAUCUGUCAAAAAAGUUUGACCAAAGGAGCCUGAAUGAGCAUUUAUCAACAUCGCAGGAGUAGAUCGAAUUGGACGACUACAAGAAAAGUUUACUGAUCUGAAGUCGGACGAGGCUCAUUCAUGACAGUUUUGUUGGAUUAUAUUGUGGAUUAUUGCGUGGGAUUGAUCGCCGCGGAUUUGAAGGACUACAAGCCCGCACGUGCAAACGAAGAGAAUACAGAGCAGGCGAACAACAGGCUUCAGCGUUUGUGGAAUUGAGUGGCGACACAAGAAGAAGUCUGCUGGCAUCAGGACUCGGGUGACAAUUCAGUCAGGUGGUGUCAGAUGGCCUUGAUCGUGCAUGGGUUACGAAAGCGACGAUUCCCAACAGUUGAGUUGCGUGCCAAAUCCUUGGCUGGAGCUCAGUAUGUGUCUGUCCCGGAGGACCGCGUCGUACCCCAGCUUCUGCUGACAGAGUUGGGCCUGGUGGAUGCUGACAAACCUUACGUUGAAGCACGGGACGACUGUGCCCGUCAGCACCGUUCGCCAGCAGUGGAACUCCGUGUAGAUGGUUCAGGUGGGAGAACCCUCUGGCCCGUUCUCAUCGUAACUCAAGGAGCGUUAAUCCUAGCCUGCUUACCUCUAGUGGAAGCAGCCCCUGAGCCUCGGCCUCCUCUCCCCAGCCUGGCCUCAGUCUCUCAGGGCUUAGCUCUUUUGUCAGGCCUGCAGGAUUUCCUUUGUGGCCCUGGAGGUAAACCAGAGCCUGAUGGGCUGGCCUCCCGUUUGGCUGCCCUUCCGUCUAUGCUUCUGCAGGUUUGCCCUUUGGGGAGACCACUGGACACCCCUCCUCCAGCUGGAUCGGUGCCUGUCGCUGUGUCCCCAAGCCCAGGCGGGGCUCAGAAACAACCAGCUUGGAAGGCAGGCGUCCAUCGAGGCAGGGCGGUGGUGAGUGUGGCCCUUACUGAGAAGGUGAGGUCCAUGCAGUACGGCAGCAGUAGUCGACAGGAUCUCUGGGAUGUAUACGGCAUGGUCAUGUGCAAAUGUGAGGUUGAAGGUGUUCUGCCCAAUGUGACCGUCACCCUCACACUCCCACCCAACGGUUCACCCCUGAUGGACAUUCUUGUCCAUCCCUGUGUGACGUCUCUGGACGCAAGCAUUCUCACCGCCUGCAGUGUGGAUGAGAAUGACGGCUCCGCCUUUUCAGGGCCAUACAAAUUCCCUUUCUCACCACCUCUGGAGCUUUUCAGACUCUGUAGCUACACCUCACAGGUACCCGUGCCUCCGAUUCUUGGCUCCUACCAGCUGAAGGCAGAGGAGAAUCAUCUAAAGAUUAAUGUCGUGUUGAAGCUCCAUGAAAGUGUAAAAAACAGCUUUGAGUACUGUGAGGCGCACCUUCCAUUUUUCAACAAGAAUCUAAUGGGAAGUGUGGAGGUCAAAGUGAGCUCUGGACAGCUCGAGGUGUCGAAAGAGAAGAACUUACUGGUUUGGGUUCUUGGUCAGAAGUUUCCAAAGGCUCGUGAGGCAACACUGGAGGGGACUAUUCAUUUUUCAGGGACUGUUGCUGGACCGACAGACCCUCUAUGCACAGGCCUCACUGCAUAUAUAAAACUUUAUUUCCGCGUGCCAGAUUCGACUUUGUCUGGUUGCUGUGUGGACCAACACUCAGUGCAGGUUUACUCAUCUGCCAAACCACGUAUCGUCACAACACGAGAGCUGGUCUCCUCAGAAUACUACAUCUGGAACUCAACAGGCGACGCCCCCGUCUCAUCUGGACUCACCGCUCUCUGACAUCAUCGAAUUAAUGCACACUGGCCUUAAUAAAUCAUUCCAGGUUAAAGGAUCAGAGAUGUAUAAAUUAUAUUCUAUAUGGAAAUGUGGCCACUGACAAAUGUUGCUGUCAUACCGUGUUAGCUUUCAUUUAUAGUAUGACUUUCUAAUCUGUCAAAAUAAAAUAUUCAGUGUUUCACACUUAUUUAGUAUAAUGAAUGAGAGAUCCUGAUAAAUAUUUAUAAUAUAAUAUUAUUUAUUUUUUUCGUUAUAUCAAAAUAAUUAGUUAUUAACUAUAUUUCUAUAUAUAAAGAAAAGGCAAUUUUUAGUCAAAUGCUCUUUCUUUUUUUACUAAUAAGAAGCAAUGCAGAAUUAAAAUUCAAUUAACAGUCCUUUCACUUAGCUUCAGACAGAUCCCUAAGUGUUUACUGCUGUUCAGGCUUCGUUUUUCCCUAUUAGCUGUUCAGCUGGUUUAUAUAGAGGCUCCUUGAGCUCACUCACAAGAGGACUUUGCCCCUGUGUUUGUUUGAUGAGGCUGAAAAGAGUGUAUUCUGAUGGCGGAGAAGGAGAGAAGGCAAUUGUUAAAGAGAAAUACCAGUCUGGUAUCCAAAGAGGUUCUUAAUUAGUUUCCAAAGUGACCCAUAGAGGUCCCACUUAAGCUUGUCUCCGUCUCUCUCCUGCCCAACAAAAACAGUUAAUGGAGACUUAAAUAUACCAGUCAUCCAACUCGCAACUAAAGGACCCUUUUCGUCUUUAAUUGUUGCAAUAGAAAAUCAGUUAUGCCGCCUAUCCUAGUUUGGCUAAAAGUUGAAACUAAUAUGACCUUAUUUGAGCAGCAAGCAGUCAUUUCUGUAUGUUUAGCGGCUGAGAAGCAUUUGGAGUAUUCCCAUGGAGAAGACAGCAAGAUGAUGAUGGUUCAGCUGGAGCCACAUAAGAGCUCUCCACUGAAGCGAACCAUUGUGUGAGAGAUUAAUCGUCUGCCACGUCGACUGAUUGCCUUGCCGUGUCUCUGCAAGAACAAGGCAAGACUGCAUUCUCACAAGGAUUUCCUCCUCAGAACACUGAGCGUGAUCAAUCUUACAGUCCCCAAUAAGGUCCUCUUCAUUUCUGUCUGUAUUCAGAGGGUUUCACACUCUUCCUCUCAGUCUGACCGGAGCCAUUCCCGAUCACACGUUUUCUAGUCUUAAUUCUUAAGGAAUGUGUUCAAAGUUCCAAUAGGAUUUUCUAAAACAAUUAGAAUUCCAUCCUGAGAUAUAUCGAUGAUGUAUAUUUGUAUUAAAAUGUGGGUCAUAUGUGGGUUGCCUUUAAUUUUAAAGGAGCAGUUCACUUUUAAAAAAAACUUUUGCUGAUAAAUUAACUCACCCCCAUGUCA